AUUGAGUUCCAGGGGACAAGGCGCCAACGUCGACGCGGUGACGUCAGCAGCGCCCCUGCAGUUUCUUCCUGCGUACGUACGUUGCGUACGUACGUUACGCACACACGUAGGGCUAGGGACGCGCGGGGGAGGUGGGAGAGAGCCUCGGAGGCGCCCCGCCCAGUCCGCAAGGUUGUGCGUGCCCCUUGCGACCGCCAAGAUGGUCGUGGGCGCGUUCCCUAUGGCGAAGCUGCUAUACCUCGGCAUCCGGCAGGUCAGCAAGCCGCUUGCCAACCGCAUUAAGGACGCCGCCCGCCGGAGCGAGUUCUUCAAGAACUACGUCUGCCUCCCGCCGGCUCAGCUGUACCACUGGGUGGAGAUGCGGACCAAGAUGCGCAUCAUGGGCUUCCGGGGCACGGUCAUCAAGCCGCUCAACGAGGAGGCGGCGGCCGAGCUGGGCGCAGAGCUGCUGGGCGAGGCCACCAUCUUCCUGGUGGGCGGCGGCUGCCUGGUGCUGGAGUACUGGCGGCAGCAGGUGCAGCAGCGGCACAAGGAGGAGGAGAAGCAGGCGGCCUGGGACGCCCUGCAGGACGAGGUGGGCCGCCUGGCGCUGGCAGUGGAGGCGCUGCAGCUGCAGCUGCAGGCCACACCCCCGGGGACCCUGCAGCAGCUGCAGGCGCAGAUGCAGGAGCUGCAGGCGCAGCUGGGCGCCCGGGAGCCACCCAGAAGGCGGCAGCGGCCAAGGCCUAGGACACUGUGGAGGCCUGGACUUGGAUUUGACUCCAGCGUGUGCACCCUGGUGUGGCCUUCUCCCCGCACCGCCCUGGCCCAACAGAAACAAGGGGCUUUUGAUGGAACCCAGCCGCCACCCUCAGCCACUCAGCUUCCAUGGGGCUCAUUCUUGGCCGUGAAGCCUUUCUACCAUGCCCACCUCCAACUCAGUGGCUCAGCCUGACGCUUGACCCAAAAACAGCCAAUCGUACAGCAGACUCACUCUUCCUGGCCUCAGGGAUGGGACCCAGCCCAGAGCCGGUGCCUCCUGCCACCCCAUCAACCUGACCAGUGUUACCUUUCCCCACGUCGGAACCCCCUUCUUCUGUCCCAGGGCACACACUAUUGUCUGUCCCUCUCAUUGUCUGACUCUGACUGCGCGGCCUCACUCUCUUUGGGAGCAAACAGGAAGCCUGACCCAAAGCUAAAUCGUGGAAUCUUCUUUCCCCUUUGGCUCAGUCUGAGUUGUCUUCCCCUGGAACCACACAGGGACUGUUCCAGCAGAACCCCAUACAUCUCAGGCCUGUGGCACAGCCCGCUAGCAUGGCCGUGCUGAGUCUUCUGGGCUUCCCCCACACACACCCCUUUCCACAGUGGAAACACAGAUCAUGUUUAGUGUUGGCUCACCCCACCUUUCAGCCUGGUCCCCAGAGUCCCUGCAUCCUUUCCCCACUGUAUUCCUGCCAGCCAUGGAUGAGCCGAGCACCCCACACCCCCUGCUCCCCUUGGUGCAUCAGUGACUGCCUGCCCCCACCCCCCAAAUCCCACCAGCCGGGACCUCCAGCUGAUCUGGCUUCUUCCUCAGCUUCCUGUGGACGCUGCUACAAAUGACCACAGCCUUGGCCACUUAGAGCAACAGGAAUUUCUUUUCAUUCCUGGAGCCCUAGACCCAAAUCAAGGUGCCGGCAGGGUUGCCGUGCUCUACCCCCCCUUCUAGGGAGGAUUCCUCCAUGUCUCCUCUGGCUUCUGGGAGGGUGGGGAGGGGGGCGCAUGUCCUCAACACCAAGGGCAGUGCAUUUCUCUGGUCUCUGCCUUCAUCCUCGGGUGAGCAUUGCCUCCUCCUCUGCCUCUUACAAAGACACAAAAUCUUCAGCCCUCAUCAGAGUCCUCAUCCUCUGCCCAUUGGAGUUAGGGCUAAGUCUCAAUAGGAUGAUGCCACUUUGAGAUCCUUAACUUCACAGCAUCUACAAACAUCUCUUCUUCCAAGUAAGCUUGUAUCCAUAGUUCCUAGGGCUCUUGUGAACAUAACUAUUUUUUAUUUUAUUUAUUUAUUUUUACUUUUGUUUUUUGAGGAUCAGGGAGCAGCACUCAAUCCACUAUACCUUACCCACCUGAAACUCUUUACAGAUGGGGAAAAUGAGGGAGGCCCUGGGGAUGCAAAGGCCAGGAAGCCAGAAGCCAGAAAGAAUGAAGUAGUGGGGCUGGGGCCACGGAGCAGAAGGGGCCCAAGUUACCCUGGGCUCUGGGUGCUGCAGGGUGCAAGGUGAGGAAGAGGGUGAGAGGCAGGUUGUUAUGGGGUGAGGCCCAAGGCACCACAGAGGCAGUGUGGAGGGCUCAGUUCCUCAUCAGAGCAGCCUCUGUCUGGGCCCACCUCAGAUCUCAGUGUUGAGCAGCUGGAUCUAGUCACUCUGUCCCGGCCCCUUUCCCUACAAGACAGGGAGUUUCCUUUCACUUGUGCUGGGGCAGUAAAAGUGGUCUGAUCACCCAGACAGAAAACCAAGAAGUGGGAUCUGAAACAGCAUCUUGGUUUCUUCUAGAUGGGAGGGAGAAGCUGGAGUGAGGAAGCUGAGGAGGGGGGAGGGGAGAGGGAGGGGUAAAUAGUCUUUUAAAUUAGAAGCACCCUGAGGGGGUUAAAUCAUGAAAGGAAAGUAGGGGAGAGAGUCUAGUGGUCAUCCAAAAGAUGUCCAGGCAUGAGGCCGAGGCCCAACUUCAGUCCCUGACACCACCAUCAGCCAGAGCUGAGCAGUGCUCUGGUCCAAAUAAUAAUAAUAAUAAAGUGAGAGACAGGCACUCUGGGCCCCAGCUCUGUGUCUUGUGCCCCCCUGACCCCUCACAUCUCCUGGACUCAGAGCCCAGGCCUGGCCUGUCCAUGCACAUGGCCAGUGUCUGUGGGGUGCAUCUGCUGCACCCAUGGGGCUGGUGGUGGAGAGAAGCCUCUCCCAAAAUGUGGCUCAGGGCCUGCUGUACUAUUAGUUGAAGUUUGUAAGCAUCUGUGGCCUUGGGAGAAGAUAGAAUAAACUGGUGAUGCAAGUUGGUUGUCUUCAAA